UCGGUUGCUGUCCCGCCAUGGAGUCGCUGCUGCUGCCGCACUUGCUGUGGACUCUCCUGUUCUUGUGUUCAGAUCUAACUGAGAGUGUAAUAAUAACUUCAACUGAUCAGACCCUGGUAACAGAGGCUGAAGGAGAGAAAGUUCGGUUGCAGUGUACUUUUACUCUUGAACAAAGAGAUCAAGGCUCACUUGACAUUGAAUGGAGUUUAUUGGGAUCAAAUGAGGAAAAACCAGUAAUCUUGUACAACAGAGACGUCUAUGAUGCGUAUCAUUUGGCUGGACGAGUACAAUUUGUUAAUCCAAGUCCAGCUUCUGGAGAUGCUAGCAUUGAAAUCCUGAACUUAAAGCCAGCUGACUCUGGCAAAUACCAGUGUAAAGUUAAUAAGCUUCCUGGUAUUCAGAGCCAUAGAGUCCAACUAAUUGUACUUGAAAAGCCUGCGAAGACUAAAUGCUACGUUGAAGGAUCACAGGAGAUUGGAAGGGAUCUUACGCUUAAAUGUGAAUCCCAAGAAGGCUCUUAAAUUAUAAACUACCUUUGGACAAAAACCUCUGGUACAGACGAACUUCCAACCACAUUAUCAAGUACAUGUGAUCUUUCAUUGAAAAAUGCUUCUCAGGUUCACUCUGGCACAUACAAAUGUUCGGCUUCGAAUAGAGUUGGCGCAGAUGAAUGCAUACUUUUGCUGAAUAUCACCCCUCCUAUGAAUAGAGCGGGUACAAUUGCUGGAGCUGUCAUAGGGACAAUUCUGGCUCUCUCGUUACUGGCUUUUUUCAUCUUCUGUUGCUGCAAAAAACGAAGGGAGAAAAAAUAUGAAAAAGAAGUACAUCAUGAUAUCAGAGAGGAUGUUCCCCCUCCAAAGAGUUGUGCUUCAACAGCCCAGAGCUAUAUAGGGAGCAAUCAUUAAUCUCUGGGUUCAAUGUCUCCUUCCAAUAUGGAUGGGUAUGCCAAGACUCAAUACAACAAAGUACCGAGUGAAGACUUUGAACGACCUUCUCAAAAUCCGACCUUUGAACCACCAAAGGUAGUUGCACCUAAUCUAAGUAGAAUGGGAGCUAUUCCUGUGAUGAUUCCAGCACAAAGCAAAGAUGGUUCUAUAGUAUAGUAUGUCAUUCAUUUAUACUUUCUACAGUUCAGUACCAGCAUUGAUGAUUAACUUGUUCGAGUUCUACACUUUUAAAUAUACACAGAAUUGGUCUUGAGCAACAAGAAUUGUGUUUGGUUCACCAGCAUUAUAUUAAUUUUUGACCACGUACACUAAAACAACCUUUUGAAGAAAACAUUGUCAUCUGCG